AAAAACCAAACAAAAAGCGAAACCCUAUAUCGAAAAAGAAAUAGGGGGUGCUUUGCUAGCCUUGUCUGCCGCCUCAGCAAUAAAAAGGACUAUCGUUUCAGGGGAGUUUAGGUUUUAUAAGGAAAGGGAGAGGAUUUGAAGCGAGGUUUCACGUCUUCUUUAUACGCCUCUCACUCCAUCCCCCUUCCCUUCAUCUUUACCCUCCACACUCUCUAAUAUAGGGUUUUGGCCCUUCCUUUCUCCAAUCAGUUCUUUCCUUUUCUGCUCUUCAAACAAUCCUCAAUGACCAACAAAGGGAUUGACUUCAACAUGCCUGAUCUCGGCGAUGCUCUUAACGAGGAAGCUCGAGCUGGCCUUGUUAACGCUCUCAAGAAUAAACUUCAGAAUCUUGCUGGGGAGCACACCGGUAUUCUGGAGAGCCUGUCUCCUAAUGUCAGGAAGCGUGUGGAGGUUCUCAGGGAGAUCCAGGGUCACCAUGAUGAAUUAGAGGCUAAAUUUUUUGAGGAGAGGGCAGCACUUGAAGCUAAAUAUCAGAAAUUAUAUCAACCCUUGUAUGCCAAGCGAUAUGAUAUUGUAAAUGGUGUUGGUGAAGCCGAAGGAACACCAAAUGAUGUAGCCAUGGACCAAGGGGAGGAUAAAGCUGUCGAAGAGAAAGGGGUUCCUGAUUUUUGGCUUACUGCAAUGAAAAAUAAUGAUGUGCUUUCUGAUGAGAUUACUGAGCGUGAUGAAGGAGCUCUCAAAUAUCUCAAGGAUAUUAAGUGGCAUAGGAUAGAGGAACACAAAGGAUUCAAGCUUGAGUUCUACUUUGACACCAAUCCUUAUUUCAAAAAUACGAUCUUGACAAAGACAUAUCACAUGAUUGAUGAAAAUGAUCCUAUUCUUGAGAAAGCUAUCGGGACGGAGAUUGAAUGGUAUCCAGGAAAAUGCUUAACACAAAAGCUCCUUAAAAAGAAGCCUAAGAAGGGAUCAAAGAAUGCCAAGCCAAUUACUAAAACAGAAGAUUGUGAAAGUUUCUUCAACUUUUUUAAUCCUCCUCAAGUGCCUGAUGAUGAUGAAGACAUUGAUGAAGAUACCGCUGAGGGGCUACAAAAUCAAAUGGAACAGGAUUAUGACAUAGGGUCAACACUUCGAGACAAGAUCAUUCCACAUGCUGUGUCAUGGUUUACAGGAGACGCUAUUCAGGGAGAUGAGGUUGAGAUAGAAGAUGACGAUGAAGAUGAUGAUGAUGGUGAUGAGGAUGAGGACGAUGAAGAGGAAGAGGAUGAUGAUGAGGAUGAGGAUGAGGAAGAAGAAGAAGAAGAAACUAAGACGAAAAAGAAGCAGUCCUCAUCUGCACAAAAGAAGAGUGGAAGAGCACAAGGGGACGGGCAGCAAGGUGAGAGGCCUCCAGAAUGCAAGCAGCAGUAGCUAAUUGCUGCUGUGGCAGAUGUGUGGCAAUGUCUGCAGAGUGCUCUAUAAAGAUGUCCUAUUGGAAGAGUAGGGGGAAGGGGGGUUUGCAGUUUUGGUGGUUAUUUAUUUUUACUUUUUCCAUGUUAUACCAGAAUGGUGGUUAUUUAUUUUUACUUUUUUUCAUGUUGUACCAGAAUUAUUGGUUUGGAGAAUCCUUCUUUUCCC